AUGCAUUUUUCAGGUGCCAACAUGGCUGCUUUGUUUACAGACUUAUGGUGUGGCACAAUGAAGAACUAUGCCCCAGAUGACCGUGCUAUGUGGGACUGGGCAGUCCUUGUUGACGACAUGUGGGAAGAGCAUGGCUCUGCAGUUGCUGUAUGUUGGCCAUAUCUUCCAGGCUCAUUCUACAAUCCCCCACAAAACCCUGCCGAAAAAAUGAACACGCAUUAUAAAGCCCGCAAGUACAUCACAUGGCUCUUUGGUCUUGCUCCUGCAUUGCUUUAUGGUAUUCUUCCACACAAGUAUUGGGUCAAUUUCUGCAAGUUCACACAAGCCCUUCGUAUCAUGAGCCAAUACAGCAUAACCUCUGCUCAACUCAUGGAUGCCUUCGUUAAGUUCACAGAAUGGGAAGGUGAAUUUGAAGAGAUUUACUAUCAAUGUCUCGCACACCGUCUCCAUUUUGUUCGCCCAUGUGUACACUUAUCAAACCACCUUGCUCUCGAAGCCUCUCGUGUCGGCUCACCUAUCUGUUCAUCUCAGUGGACCAUAGAAAGAACUGAUGUUGAGUUUGAUCUCCGUCAACCAAAAUUGCCAUAUGCAUGCCUCACACAGGUAUGCUUGCUUUGUUGCCAAACCAAUGCCAUCAAAUCUAUGUUUCCACACUUUGAUCCACCAGAUGUACUUGCUCCACAAUACUCUCUGGAUAUUGGCAAUGGCUAUGUGCUUCUCCGUGCCCAUGACAAACGGUCACAUCAUGCUGCAAGUCCUGCAGAGGCAGCGGCAAUGGCUGACUUUCUUGGCCAUGAAGCUCCGAAAUUUUUUCAUUGGGCCUGUCUCCGUCUUCCUAAUGGUCAAAUUUCACGAUCAGCUUGGAAAGAAAGAGACCGACCAGUAGAACAUUCACGAUCAGCCCGAAACAUCAAGGCAAAGUUCUUAAAUCGAUUGCAAGGCCCAGAAUGGCAUUUCAAAAACAUCGCAGUUGUCUCUGUCUAUUCUCCUCCUGAUGCUGCACUCCUAGAACUGUCUUUUGGUACAGUUUGGUCAUGCAAACACCAGGGUGAACACGGACUGCAUGUUGUGGAGAUUGAACAGAUCCAGGCAGUCGUCACUGUAAUACCCCAUCAACCCACCUUACCAUCUGGAGUUACUGAAGAUCGUUUUUUUUGUCGUGGAGAGAGCUGGUUUGGAUGUUUCAACAACUGGAGUAUUUCUUGA